UUUCAGUUGACUCCUUACGUCCAUUUGUUACACUAUGAAGGGUUGCAUAUCUAUCGUCUUGUUCCUGAGCCUGACGGGUUCCUCUCUAGCUUUUCUGUUCGGAAGUGGACCCGCGCAUGCAUCAUGCAAGGCACAAUGGUCGGUAGGAAUGGCCUGCAGCCAAGUGGAAACGGCUUUACUAAACCAGAUCCGUACCUGGUCAGGCCCAGAAAACUGUAAAUCUGGACCUAUCAACGAGAAAUGUUUAUAUGUGCUAAAAAGUAACAGCGGUGGUGUAAUGAAGCUGACCCAUGAAACCCCACUGAAGCACUAUAUUGAUGACGUAACAUUCACUCUGACGUCACAAGACGACUCCUGUCAUAUUGAUGGUUACUCUACUGCCGAAACCUGGUAUGCUGUUCUAGACGCGGGAACAAACUACUGUAACAUGUUCAAUCUGCUGGAAGGAUCCGGGUUGACCACAGCUACUGGAUACACAGAAACAGCCUCUGAUGACACCUGUACUCAGAGAUCGUCUGCUGACUGUACCAGAUAUUAAAUAAAAGAUAUACAGUGUUA